UUUCAUUUUUCUCUUCUUGUUGUAUAAAAGUCCGAGUUUGAUCCUUUUCUUGUGUUUCGCCAUUUAUGUUUACAUCCAUUACAGGACGCGAUAGACGAAAGAAAACCAGAGGGGAAUAAUUAUAAGAGCUCUGUGUGGCGUCAAUCUGAGAUGAUGGACUGUGCUGUUCCCGUCUCGGAGGUCGUCCACAGAAACAUACUGUAAGCAAGACACCGGAGCGGGAGGCGCGGUUACGUUCGCGAGCCGCGAUAAGACGCACGAGAUGUGUGAUAAGAGACUGUUAUAAACACACAGAAAGAGGAUGUCUGCAAACAGCCUCAACGAAGGAUUCAGCGACACAGCCGUUCUCCUCUGACAACACUUAGCAGCGACCCUGCCUGUGUGUUCAGCUGUACAGACUGUUUGUACCAAUGGGUGUCUCACUGUCAGUUCGGCUGUACAGCAGGGCAGACGAUAGCCCUCCCUCCUCUUCAUCAGCUUUCCCUCCACUGGCCGUCCCCACAUCCUCUCGUCUGGCUGUCACUCUGAACUCCUCUCCUGUUGCUCCAGGAGACAGUCGUUCACACUGGAGCUCGGUCCACUGCUCUCCUCACUUCCUACUGUCUGCCUGCAAACAGGAAGUGACACGAUCACCCGCUGAGCUGAGCAGCGACGGGGUGAGGGCAGAGAUGGGGGUGAAAAGCGGGCUUCAUGUUUGGGAGGUGUUGUGGAGUCCCGACCACAGAGGGAGUCAUGCCGUCAUGGGCAUCACUAUGCAGAGCUGCCCUUUGCAGGCCUCAGGGUACACUGUGCUGAUUGGUGGAGACUCACAGUCCUGGGGCUGGGAACUCAAAACCAAUCAGCUGUGGCAUGCUGGACAGAGACUGGGACUUUACCCAGGAACAAGAACGAGGUGCCACUCUGAGGCCGCUGAGGACUUAAGCACACAGUCUUCGACUUCAUUACACACAAAAGUGGCAAGGACACCUCUCCCAAUCCCUGAGCGCGUCUUGUUGGUCCUGGAUGCCGAUGCAGGAACUCUGGGAUUUGUUGUUGAUGGCAGCUAUGUUGGCGUAGCCUUUAGAGACCUUCCUCGUGGAGUGGAGCUGUUCCCAGCAGUGAGCAGCGUGAGAGGAGGAGCCAGCAUACGACUACGAUACUUGAACGGCGCCACACGUGAUCCCCCUGCACUGAUGGCUUUAUGUGGGCUGUCAAUUCGCCAGCUUUUAGGGGAACAGAGGCAGAAUCAAAUUGGCAAGCUGCCUCUACCCUUUCGUCUCCAGCACUACCUGAUUUCUAGUCAAUAAUGUACAAUUAUACUUGCGCGCACACACACACGCACACACACACACACACACAUACACACACAGUAGGAAACAGUUUGACAAUCACUUAAGUGUUAUAGACCGAAACACAAUGUUUAUUUACAAGAAUGUACAGGUAGAAAACCCUUGUGUCAAAUUUAUAAAGUCAAAUGGCACUGAGUGAACGCUGCCUCAAUUAGUUUUUAGCCACCUAAAAAAGAGGCCUAUCAAAAAAAAAUCAAUAUCAGUUGAGGUGUACGUUACAUUUAGAGUAUUUCACCACUUUACCUUGCCACCAGACAGCCUUUUGGGAGAGGAACUGAAGCCGUUAAGUCAAAGCCCUCAGACCCCAUCGACAAAAUGAGUAGUUUUACUUAGCAAAACUGAUUGCUGGUGUUCCACAGCCUCGAUUUGUUAGUGUGUAAGAUAAAGCGGCGCAAAUAUUCACUCACUUUUACACUGAAACUGAUUUUUUUGAUGGUUAAAUACCUUUUGCUGCGGCCCUGUCCACAGCAUUACAUUACUUAUCUUCCUUGCCAAUAGAUUUGCUUUAUCAAAGACACUAUUGAAGCAACGAAGUACAUAAAAUACGCACAGCAGACAUGUCAGAUAGGUCUGACCACCAUGUUUAACUACAUAUAUAUAUAUAUAUAUAUAUAUAUAUCUUUAAAUGGUUUAUUUAAGGCAGGAAUUGCAUUUUCUUCUCAUCUCCGCAAUCUGUGUGAUUGUUGUGUUAGCGUCACAGUGAUUCGGUCGAUAUGAAAAGUGAUGCACUGCUUUCUUCCACCUCCACAACAUUUCCAGACUCCGCCCAUCACUGUCCCAAUCCAGCACUGAGGUCCUGGUCCAUACAUUUGUCACAUCGCGUAUUGACUAUUGUAAUGCAGUACUCUCUGGCCUUCCCACCAAACUCAUUACCAGGCUUCAGAUCAUUCAAAACUCUGCUGCUUGGAUCAUUACCUGCACCAAAUCAUCUGACCACAUCACUUUCAUUCUCAUCCAACUACACUGGCUCUCUGUUCAGUACUGGAUUGAUUAGAAAAACCUUCUGCUCAACAGCAUAACAUCCUUCAAAUCCUGUCUCAGAACCUACCUGAUCAAACUGGCCUAUGCACUUUAACACUGUCUGUACCCUCUGCAACCCCAACUAUUACAUCCAUGUGAUAUUAUUGCCAGACAAAUGUAUUUAUUAUUCAUUUUAUUUAUUACAAUAUAUAUAGUUCACUGCUGAGAUUUUGAAAUGUUUCUGGAAACUACAAAAGCUUUAAAUCAUUCACAGUGAGCUGAGAGGAAUUUAAAGGCACUCCUGACUUGUGGAGUGUCUCUUUAACUCUGUUUCUUUCUUUGUGUGUAAAAUAAAUGGCCCCCGUUUAAAUCUAACAUCAUUAUUGCUGUUUCAAUCCUUUUGUGAAUGUUAGAAGGAGGGAAAAUAAGAUCAGUUCAGUUGUUUUGUUUGGUGGCAUGGAUGCUUUUAGAGGCUUUUAGAAAACAUACAUCACAUUCAGGAGAAAAUUAUUAUGAAGAAACAGUGACUGUCGCUGUUCCUGCAAAACAACAAACAUUAAGCUAAAACCUUUCCCUGCAGGGGGUUAUAUAAAUGCCCAUUUGCUUUCACUGACUGAAACCUGCCUGAUAUACAGGUGGAAGAAAUAACAGAGUAAUACUGACAACAUUUUUUAAUAUGGGCUCAGUCUCCCAGGUUAAGGGGUGACCAAAUGACGCCAGUUAGGGAAUUAAAAUUGUGUUGAUGCCUGUAAAGAUUCAGAGAGCCUAAGAUGUGUGAUUUAAAUAUUUUCAUUAAACUCUGUCAUUACUCCACUUUGCUCAAAGGUGCAGUCAUUUUGGGAAAGUAUUAUGCACGAUAUAUAAUGGAUGGUAGUCUUCAGGCCAGGAGAAUGAUUGCUCUCUUUAAAAAAUAUAUACAAAAGCUGUCUGUGAGCUUAUGGUUGAAGG